AUGAAGGAGGAGAAUGAGGAAUCACAUUCAGAGCGGUAUUCCUUAAUGGAAGACGAAGAUUGGAUGACCAGAGGUGGAAGUAUCUGGAACACCACACAGGAGCGGGCAGCCACUAGGGUCAAAUGUCGCGCCACGACCUGCCAGCUGGUGCAGCUGGUCAAGUUCAUGGAGAAGCACCCUGAACUGGCGGUGUCCCACGCUAAACCCUUCCCGGGCAGCGAUGAGCUGUGGAUGGAGUUAGCAGCACAUAUCAACCAGUUCGGACCGCCGAAGAACUACAAGCAAUGCAAGACGGUAAGUACAGUUGUUGAAUGA